CCGAAGCGUGUUUCGAAGCCAUCUCUCUACCAAACGACUUCAUCAGAAGACAAAGCUGUGACACGUCCAUCGAAGAGGCUCCUUCAAUCCAUCGACAAUCGCGGAUGCGGAGAUCGACAAUGACACCGGCGACCUACGAAGCAUUCUGGAGGAACUUCUACAAAUAAGACAGAUUAUAUUAAUUAUUCACAAGAAUCUCAACAGCGAUUACAACAAAAUUUAAAUCCACAAAUGUCCACAAACACAUCAUCACCAUAUAUUCCACCUACAUUAACUAAUACAUACACAGCACUUUCAACUUCACACACAAUUAACAAAAACACAUCAUCACACACAUCAUAUAUUCCACCUACAUUAACAAAUACAUACACAGCACUUUCAACUUCACACACAAUUAACAAAAACGCACCAUCAUACACAUAUGUUCCACCUACAUCAACUACAUACACAACGCUUUCCACUUCACACACAUUAGACACCUACGAUAACAAUAAUUUUUCAGAUUCUUCUGCACCCAUUUUGACAGAUACACGUACAGAUGGAGUCAUUUUUAAUAAUAAUGCACACGAAAUUCCAUUUCAGGCAAAUACGAGAAGCUGUACAAUGCAUAAUAAUCAACAUGUAAAUUAUGAAACAUCAGCACGGACAAGUGAUAUAAAUAAUUGGUCAAUUAACAUGUUGCACGAACGCAUGGAUCGGAUGGAGACAGAAUUCAAAAGGACGAAUACUUUACUUCAAAAUAUUUUGAAGUGCGUACAACCGAAUAAUCAAGGUGUACCACGAAAGCCUGCAGUUCUCCCAAUAUCAUCUAUAGCCGAAAAUAUGAAUGAAGAUGAUUAUAAUGAUGUCGUGAAUUAUCUUUGUUAUAUAGGCGGCCUUAAUUUAAAAGGGACAGUAAAUCUGUGUCUAAAAGAGACUUUGAAGGAUACUGUAACAGCGUCGUUCACAUGGUGGGGCCGCGAAAAGCGUGAAGGAGUGCAACGGCCAUUAUAUAACGCUCGGUUAAUUAUUGCUAUUUAUGACGCUGUAUAUAAAAACCGGUACUUCCCAAAGCCGACUCGUACGGAGUUUCAAACCCAGGCGAAGGAAGCUCUCCGGGCUGCAAAGGAAAGGGCAAGAACUAAGUUGCAAGGUCCACGUGCACGCAUGCCGGUUCCAAGGAAUCGUAAUUUUUGGAACGACGAGCCCGAACGAGAAUAAGAAGAGGAAGCAAAUAACAAUUAAUAAUGUUACAGAUACUUCCCUGGGGACGUUGCUACUCACCCUGCUCACCAACAUAGAGGGAAGGAUGACUAGGUCAUCGCGACGACUCGGGUUGAACGCACUUUUUAUGACUCAACAAUAUAGGUCAACGUGCCGAUAGGCCCGCUAUAACCCGUUUCAAGUCCUGCGUCCCGGUUCAAGUUUUGAGUCAACGAAUUGAAUCGCUUUAACUCGGGAUCGGACCAAAUGCUAUCUCUGUUCGGGAGGGGCGAGGUCGUUGAAACUUAAAUGAAUGAUGAAAUUAAAAUUAACAAAAAUAUUUAUUCUAAUAACAAAUAAAAAUAAAAAUAAAAAGAAAAUACAAAUAAGCGCUGAAGUCGUGGUUUGACAUUUUUGUAAUUUUAAUUGUAAUUGUAAUUUUAAUUUUUUUAACUCCGUGGUAGUAUAAUACACGGCCAACUUGGUGAUCAACUUAGCCUUUGCAAAAUUGCAAUUCAAUGAUUUUUUAAAGUUGCAAAUAGUAGCAAGAACUGUUUAAUUCUACUGUUUAUGUAAAGCUUGAAGAACAUUUUGCAAGUUGACUCAGCAUGUUAGCUUGUGUUAGUCUUUUGUAAUACAUUGAUUUAUAUUAUGCAACUUAACCUAUUCUCUUGAAGUUAUAGCGAGUCAAACAUUUUUAAACUUUUACGUAGACAAUAAAGUAAAAUUUUUUAUGCCACUUUUGACAACUCUAAAAAAUAAUUAAAUUUUACAUUUGUGAUUGGAAUCUCGUAAUAAGGACAUUAGAAAAUAUAGAAAAAAUUAUACUCAAAAAUGUUUGCGAGAAAAAACUAAUGAAACAUUUUCAAGAGACUUCUACUUUCUUCCGAUCCAUAUAUCUCAUAAUUAACAGUUGCUAAUAUUAAAACAAAAAAUAAUUUAUUAAAUGAUGUAAAACAAUUUUUGAUUUUGGAACAUGAGUAUAACUAAUUUUAUUAAGGUAUAUAAUAUAAAUAUAAUGUAAUUUUGACAAACUUUCAUUAAUUUUAUGCGCGCCAUAUUAAAGUCGCCAUUUGUUUUUUAACAAUUAUCAUAUUCUUAAACAGUGACCUUAAAAAUCAUUAAAUACAAAAUUGCAAUCAUUUUUAUUCAAUACGUAAGAAGCUAUUAACUUUUGACCGCUUAUUUGGCGAUCCAGCCCGCUGUGCGACGUCCACGGAACGAAAGAAGAUACAAUCGGCAUUUUUUAAUGCCAACCGGUCUCGGUAGAUGCUAAGCUGUGUGAGAAAGUAUUUUGUCUCAACUCGGAAUGUAACAUUGAUCCAAGCAAUCGUUAUGUCCAAUGACGCCGAUUUACCAAUAAAACAGAUGAAAAGAUUACGCACAUUAUCGAGAAUCACAUACAUGUAAAACACCAACCGUACAUGGACGUGACUUUUUAGUGUGUGUAUCUUUACGUCUGUUUUAUGAGUGAACCGCGGGUUCUUUUUAGCACUGCAUACACCGAAACUGAUUUCAAAAUUAGGUGUUGCGGUAUAACGUUUACUUGGCUCGAUUUUACGUAUCUAUUUUGGGAUUAAACCUUCCUCGCACAGCUCUAGUGGAGAUCAAUCAAUCGGCACUUUUCAGUGCCAUUUA